AUGGCCAACAUUUUUCGACGUCCGCGCCAAGGCAUCAAGUCUAGCCGGUCCGCCAGGCUUACCAAGCUAGAUCAAGAAUUGACUCGAGCCAUGAAUGAACUAUACGACUUUCGGAUACAGCUCACAGUGUACAUUCUAAUGCUCGAACGCCCCACCUCAAGUAACCCUACUCUCGGUAUUCCCCCUUUUAAAUCUGAUUCCCAAUCCAUAUCUGACAUUCCUAGAACAUUUGCACCAACAGCAAUAAGGCCAACGUCUAUCGAUGACAUCUGGCUCUGUUCACACAGUAGCUCAUUACUGGUAGACGCAGAAGAGCGGUGGCGACAUGAUGACCCGGAGCUUGCAAUUGAGCUUGCCUCGCGAGUCAUUAGCUAA